AUGUCUACCGAGAAGAAGUUUGAUAACCUCCACACGGAGAUGUUCCAGCUUGGCCUCCAGAAUCGACGGGAGGUUGUUGGAAACACCUACGUUGACGCCGCUCUCAACAAUGGCAAAAGCGAGUUUGCCUAUCCGGGCCAACAGCUUGUUACCGAGUGGUGUUGGGGUAAUGUUUGGUCUCGGCCCGGCCUGGAGCGUAAGCAGCGCAGUCUUUUGAAUCUCGGCAUGUUGAUUGCGCUUAAGAGCUGGCCCGAGUUUGGCGUCCAUGUGAGAGGUGCCCUGAACAAUGGACUCACCGAGAUCGAGAUCCGCGAGUCUAUCCUCCACGCAACUAUCUACUGCGGUGUCCCGGCGGGCGUCGAGGCCUUCAAGGUUGCACAAAAGACUAUUAACGACAUGAUUGAGAAGGGAGAGCAUAAAAGAGAGUUGGCGGAACUGUCCCCAUAUCUUGAGAAGUCUAGUUAA